UAGCCUUUGUUUCUCGGUACUCAGACUCGUUGUCCGGAGCAACUCUCUAGUUUAUGCUUUUAAAUAGUUUGUCGUUUUGAACUUUGUAACUUUGGGAAUGACACCUGUUACAAGAACAAUGCCUGUGUUAUUGGCUGUUUGAUAAGACCAUACCAGUAUCCCAUAAUUUGAAUAGUCUGAUAUGGGACCGCUAAUAUUGACAGAUAGUGCUCGUGGAGUUCAUGUGCUGACAACAUUGUUGGAAUUUAGAAAAGAGGAAAGUGGAUAAUGUUGCCACAGUAACUUUUGCUCUAAUUUUGACACGACCUAAUGUAAGCCAGACUUGAGGAUUUCUCAACUGUUCAUGUGAAAUCCAAUGCUGGUCCUUUACACACUUGAAGGGUUUUAGUGGUUAUCCUACAGCAGAAUCGCACGCAAGACAUUAUUUCCUCUUUCAACAGAGUUGUGCUGUUUCAUAUUCACAGAAUAAAGAUGUCGCCGUUGCUGUUGGGAGUUGGAGUUUGUUUAGCUGGGUGGAUUGCUCUGUACGCUUUGCUGUGUUACACAAAUGGCUCUUGUGGCUACGAGUGGAACUGUCGACUUGUUACACUACUCCAUGGCAUUCUUGCUGUCUGUGUAACAGCUUACAUCGGAUACGUAGAUGGACCGUGGCCUUUCACCUACCCAGGUACAAAGAACACCCCUCUGCAGAUUACUGCUAUGGUGAUCAGUCUGGGCUACUUUAUCUUUGACAUGGUGUGGUGCGUGUACUUCCGCACCGAGGGGCUGGUGAUGCUCGCCCACCACACCAUGAGCAUCCUGGGUAUUCUGCUGACCCUGUUGCUGGGAGAGUCAGGUAUUGAGGGUUGCGCCGUGCUGUUCGGCAGCGAGAUCACAAACCCCCUCCUCCAGACUCGCUGGUUCUUGAAACAUUCCGGCCGUUACGACAGCUUCCUUGGAGACCUUGUGGAUGUUCUCUUUGUGAUGUUGUUCGUGUUUAUGCGGAUUUUCGUCGGCGGCACUAUGCUGUACUGCGAGCUCAUCUCUCCGAGACCCAAGUUUAUUAUUAAAUGUGGUGGUGUUGCCAUGUACGCACUGUCAUGGGUCUUCAUGGCUGACAUUGCCCGUUUCGCAUAUCGGAAAUCCCAUGUCAAAUACCAGCGUUGGAUGAAUCGCCACAGUAUGGCAGAUGUCAAUGGGCAAGAUGUGAAGAGAGAUUGAAAGAUUUCUCAGAUACAACAGGCUUAUUGGCCUUUCAUUUUUAAUACUGGAGAAAAGCAUUUGAUUCAGAACAGGUGACCAGCUAAUAUAGCUCUGCAGCUAAUUGAUGUUUACAUAUUUUUAAUAUUAAUAAAGUUCCUUUGUCUUUGAUAUACUCUUUCAGUAUACACAUGGAAAACAUCCGUGCCCUUAAACCAUUUUUUUAAAGAUUGUAAUAUUUGCCAUUAUUAUUAACUACAAAUCUAAUGUGAUAUAUUUGUACUCGUAAGGAAUUAAGUGUUUUAACUGCCCAUUUAUGGAAAUUAUAUUUUUGUAAUUAGGAACAUUAAUUGUCAUAAAUGAAUUUUAAUUAUUUGUACUCUUAUGUUCUCUUUAAUUAAACUUUUAACAUGAAUGUGCAGUACUCAGAUAUUUUUUGAAACACUUUUAAAUGUUCCUGGCAGAUUAUUAAACGAAGUCUGUAAGAUUAGUGUCUUGAAUAAAAAAUUGAAUGUUUGAAAUAUACCCACAUUUCAUUGUGAAGAUGACCAUCUGUCAAGGUGAACUGACCACACCGAUUGAUAAAUCCAAUA